CUAUUGAUUUUAUAGCGAGUUUCGCUAUUUUACCAACAUUACUGUUGUUUUUUUUCCUUUAACCUCUUUUUUUUUUUUGUCUCGGUUUAUUCGCUAUUUGGCGAUACGGCGAAUAAUAUUUUCUCGCGGACGUGUAUUCGUUUUAAAAAAUUAUUAUAAUUCAAAUGUACAAUUUUCACAGCCAUUUAAGGAAUGAAAAGCAUAUGUCAAGCGCACAAGCAAAGGUUUUAUCCUGAAGAUAUUGGUUAUUUCAUAUCGCCGUAUCAAGAAACGUCAAAUGUAGAAGCCCCGCUGGUGUCAAAUUUCGGAAACGGAAUUCCCACUUUUGUGGUGGUUUCUUUCCGUGAAAUAUUGACUAAAGAACUGAACCAUCAUGAAGAUUGUUCCGUUAUUUAUGUAAUGGAUGAAGGCAAUAAAUGCGCAUCACUUAUGAGAUCAGACUGCACCCUAGAAACGCUACUAUCGGAAAACAACAAUUAUACCGCUAAUUUUCCAAGCAGUCCAUCAAUCAAAACUCCGGAUUUGGAUUUAGCUCGCUCCAAUGAAGCUUUCUUGGAUACCAAAGAAUCCAAUAAUGCAACGAGUAUCAUUCCCAAACAAGUUAGAAAGUUUUUCAGAAAUUUUGGUCAUACGUUUUGGAGGAUUAAAUCACGCGCCGAGCCCUCUUCGCCUUAUAUAUCGAUACAUGAUUCCGGAGGUUACAGCAUUGAUUCUUUGUCGGUCACCAAGAAAUUACACGAUGUGCAGAAAAACUCGACUCAAGAUUUACUCUCCAAAGACCCCGCCGCCCCCAUUACCACCCCAGACCCGUUCACAGUAACAGAAAAGGAUACAACUUGCGUGAUAGAGCCUCAAAGUUUCUUCUAUGUAUUUUGGUUGUGCAUCGUAACAAUCGCUUAUUUGUAUAACUGUUGGGUAAUCCCGUUACGAAUAACGUUUCCGUACCAGACACCUGAGAAUACACCUAUGUGGGUGAUACUGGACUACUCGAUGGAUUUUUUAUACCUUUUGGACGUGAUAUUCGUUAAACCUCGAUUGAUGUAUUUAGAAGACGGAUUUUGGGUUCGAGAUUCCAAGCUGACUAGUAAAAAUUACUUCCAAAAAAUUCAAUUCAAGAUGGACGUUUUAUCAUUGCUGCCUUUAGACCUGUUAUACUUCAAGUACGGCGAAUACCAUCCGAUCUUUCGUGCCCCGAGGCUUCUAAAGAUACAAACGUUUUGGGAGUUCUUCAAUAAUUUGGAUAACGUGUUGGCGUCUCCUUAUGUAGUCCGAGUAGCCAGAACGUUGACCUACAUGGUGUACUUGGUGCAUUUGAAUACCUGCGCUUACUAUGCUGUCAGCGUUUACGAAGGGAUGGGAUCUAAUAAAUGGGUGUACGAUGGACAAGGAAAUGCGUACCUGAGAUGCUUCUACCGAGCCACCAAAACGGCCACAUCGAUUGGUAAAAACCCUAAACCAGACAACGAUAUCGAGUACCUCUUCAUGACUUACAGUUGGCUUAUGGGAGUUUUUGUUUUCGCUAUUUUAAUUGGUCAGAUCAGAGAUAUAAUAGCAACAGCCAGUAAGUCUCAUACCGAAUACAGGAAGCUGAAAGACGAAACGUUGGAUUACCUUCGAAGACUCAACGUAACACCCAGAAUUAGAGAACGAGUCGAGCAAUGGUUUUCCUUCACUUGGGAACAGCAGCACACCUUAGAUGAAAGCAGAAUACUGGACACUCUACCCCAAAAACUGAAAACCGACGUUGCAAUUAAAGUACACAUUCGAACAUUGAGCAAAGUACAACUGUUUCACGACUGCGAUGAAGCCCUGCUGCGAGAUCUCGUCCUCAAACUUAGACCAGUGUUGUAUCUGCCUGGAGACUACAUUUGUCACAAAGGUGAAGUCGGCAAAGAAAUGUACAUCGUGAAAACCGGUCAAGUGCAAGUGGUCACAUCAAAGGGCGAACACGAAGUUGUGCUGGCUACUUUAACCGAGGGUAGCGUUUUCGGGGAAAUUAGUUUGCUGAAUUUAGCUGGGACCAAUCGAAGAACUGCUGAUGUUAGAUCUCAUGGAUUUUCAAGUUUAUUUGUGCUGAGUAAAAAUGACCUCAAUGAAGCAAUACGUUACUAUCCAAAUGCUCAAAAAAUAUUAAAGAAAAAAGCUAGGCAAUUAAUUAGACAAAACGCCACUAGAGAAGGAAGAGAUAUGCCAAAGGAAGUAAUGUACGACAGUAAUGGAUCCUCAUCUCCCUCUACUCGUAAUAUCGAUACAUUCAUUUGGAAUCCAACUACGAGGCAAAUAACAGCGGAUAGACAUCGAAACACAAUGUACAGAAAUAAAUAUUCGUCGAUGAAGAGGUACUCCGAUUCGCAAAUAAUGCAUUUCAUUAGACGCAAGAAACGCAAAAGUAAGGUUCGAUUAAGAGGAGUUUUAGCAGAAAAAAUUAACAAAGAGUACGAAAUUUGAUGAACUGUUCGAAUACCUACGUAUGUAUUUUAUUAUGUUUCAGUUUACUUUUUUCCAACAAUUUAAUUUUACUCCUUUACUGAUUUUUUUUAAUCAUUUCAAAUUUCAAUGAACAAAAAAUCGAAUCAUUAUUUUAAUUUUGAAAUAAAAAAUAGUUAAAACAAAUUAAAUACUAAGUUACCUAAUUUAAACAUUUUUUAUAUCGAAGUAGAACACGGUAGCAUUACUUUAUAAUGCACACACUUGUUUAAAUGAAAAAGUUUAUUUUAUUUGAAUAGAUUUUUAUUUAGCAAUAAACUGGUUGAUAUUUUGUUUCGUGUUAAAUGGUUACCUAUUUAUUAAUUUUUUCCCUUCUUUUAAAUAAUCAUUUUUCUUUUGUAUUUUUAUUUGACAUUUUUUUUUUCGUUCGUUUUUAAUCUGGCGAAAAUAUUAAUUUAGCGUUGUGAUAAAUUUAUUUUACUUACUUCAUCUCUUUCUUUUCAAUAUUUCGAUAUCGAAUAUAAUCAAGAUUGAGGAUUUUUGAAAUUGGUAGGUAGCUAUUCGUACUUUGAUGAGGGAGAAAAACUAUAGGUACGAAGAGAUCCCACCUUAAUGUAGGUAAUCCACAUUAUUUGAAAAUUUUAAAAUUAUGUGGUAAGAUACUGGGUGAUCGAUUAAUCUUUAUUAAUUCUUAUUGUUGUUGUUGUUAAAUUACUCCUCGAAACUUGUAACACGUAAUAAUUUUGUUCAUUAAUUCAAUUGAUAUUUAAUUUUUCAUAUACAAUUCUUUUUUUCAUUGUGUAAUGAUGCCAAAUACACGUUUGUUUUACAGUU